UGCCAAAAAGGCAUGACUCAUGAGUCAUGAGCCCACAUGACGUAGGACUGGAAAUGGAAGGCUCGUCUUUUGGCAGAAAGCAGUGGGUAUCGCGUCAGCAUUGCAAGCAAGAUUGGGAAGAAGCUUUGUAUCUCGGUUCGGGGGACCCCACAAGUGGCAGCAAGGCCGGUCGAGCUAGGGCCGAUCCUAGGACUUUCUCCAAUUAGGUUGAGGCCAGCUUAGAGUAGGUAGCACAUAAUGGAGGACCCGUGUUCCUUCGACCUGCUCCCAGAUGCGGUUGUGCUGGACAUUCUGAGCCGCUUUGCGCGCGCCUCUCUGCAAGAUCAGGGGGCCAAGGCGCACAUCCUCAAAUGGGACGCCUGUGAACAGCUCAUCCGGUUGCAGCUGGUUUGCCGACGGUGGCAGGGCCUCCUCUUUCUCCUUCCUGAGCUUGGAUGGAGGCUCAAAGGCCCUGCAGACGAGCGGGGCCUUGUAAAGUUCCUGGCGCGCUCGCCAGGCUUCCUGCGCAGGCUGCGCCUGUCGCUGAGCACCCGGUACAAGGCCUCCCCCGAGUUGCAGGCCCGGUUGGCUGGUGUGUGCGGCAGCUUGAGAGAACUAGAGAUGGUUCAAUUGAGGGAUCCAGAGGCGGGCCCGGAACAAUGCCUGCUGGAGCCGCACUUUGACUAUGUGGCGUUGCUCAAUUCGCUGUCACCGGGGGGCGCUUUGCAAACCAUCAGCUUCACUAGCCACGUCAGCCUCGCUUCAAGGCAGACGCUCCUGCCGCUCCCUUCCAUUCUACACCUGAACUUAACCUCAGCAUUCAUCUCCGACAAUACACUGCAAACCAUCACAGACUGCUGUCCAAACCUGCGGACGCUGCACCUGGAUUAUGUCCGGGGGCUGCAGGACACUCUGAUUCAGAGCCCCCCCCUGCAGAGCCUUAAGAUUAGCACCGGGCCGUUCCCUGAGAGCCUGAGCAUCGACGCAACGAGCCUCACAUCUAUGGACUUGUCAGUUGGAGAGAUGCUGUCAAUCGCAGCACCGAACCUGCGGACGCUGACUAUCGGAUCGGGGCUGCCGGAACUGGAGGUGCGGCAGCAGUGGAAUGUGUCGACGUUGCAAUUGAGAGGGUACUACUGGAUUUGGGACUACAUUGAGACGCUGCUCAGGGUGUGCCCGAAUCUAACGAGCUUAGACAUCGACGUGAAGAAUCAAUUAAGCCCGGGGGUAAGUGUGCCAAUCCGGACGUUUCUUUGGGAGCUAUGUCCAAACGUAAGGGAGGUGAAGCUGGCCCUGGGCGUCCUGGAGAUCUUGGAGUGUAGCGAGGACGAUGUGGCGGGGGUUUCGGGCGAGCGGUUGCCGAUGCGGACGGGUUUGUUUGAGGUAGACGGUGUGACAACAACUACGCUGAGGCAGAUUGAGUUUUUCCUAAGGAGUGCGUCGUUUGAGGCGCUGCAAUUGGUAGUGUUAGGGUCGAGCAGACCGGCAUUGAACAAGGCUUCAGGCGCGCUUGCGGCGCUUCUAGAGUUGGAAGAGAGUUGGGCAGUUUUGGAAGUAACAUUUGUGCCUGCUUGCCCUGGCUGGACACAAUGGAGGAUCUUUUUGACGAUGUUGAACACAAGUCGUGUUGUUUGA